UUUCCAAUGGGAAAUGAGGAGGAAGAAGAUUCAAAUGUAAGAUAUUGGAAAACGAAGUACGAUCAUCUUAAUGAAGAUUAUGAAAGAAUAAAAAUACGGACGGAAAGUCUCGAAAAUCGAUUAUUAGAUGUUGUUGAAGAAAAUGAUAGAAAAGAUAAUGAAAAUAGUGAGAGAAUUAGACAAUUAGAUGAGGCGUUGAAAGAAUCACAAAAACGAGUUGAACAGUUGGAAGCGGCUUGUUUUCGAUACAAAAACCAAGCCAAAGGGGAAUUUGCAAGUUCUAUCAAAAGUGAAGAGAAAUUAGAAAAAUCUCAACGGAAAGAUGAUGAAGACAAUGAGUAUUCAAACGAAUUACAAAGUGUACAAGAACUGAGAACAAUUAGUGGAGAAAGUCCCCGUUCAUCAAUCGAUGGAAUCACCCGUUCUCUAGACUUUCACUCUGGUGAUCAUCUCAUAUGCGAAUAUCACAAAUUACCGGUUCUCGCAAAAGGCGAAGGAUUCAUCUACGGGUUCCGUUGGCACAUAUUCAAUAAAAUUCACAUCGUGUAACCCUAUUUCAUCUCUUGCAUUGUAGCAUUUUUUCUGUGAUUUUGUUUUUCGGAAUAAAGUUUAUGUGUCCUUCAAA